CCUCGUGUAGAAUCCCAUUCCGAAUGGUCGUGCUCAAGCGAAAUGGUGCAAAAACGGGGAGUCUCGGAAAACGAAGUAACGCGUUUCUGUCUGCUUUCUCUUUCUGUUUCUCUGGUCAAUGACCUCUCUCGGAGGUAUCAAUCAUCCCAUGGUACACUGCCUACAUUCCCCCUCGUCCACGACGAUCCCUAUCAAAGCCUGGCCUGUCUCCUUAAAUAAUAGCCUAAGUUGCGCUAUAGCCGCUGUAGACACCCGAAGUGCCAUGUUCUUGCCUCGAAUGACGCACUGCACCACGCUAGCCGACGGGCUGUUGUAUCCCUAUCCACAAAGCACAGGCCCGCUGGAGUCUGCUGGAGUCGCGGUGCGAUGCAUGCUAUUGGAAGAUGCUGGCGGCCAAGGACGACCGAUCCUAGCAUCAGAAGAGCAACACGAGCGCGAUGUAUGCAUGGACGGGCUUUCUCCUAUUUCAACGACCGGCAUCUCCGAAGCUCGUUUUUGUUUCAAAGACAUGACUCUACACCUUCAUGGUCUUGGGACUCGCAGCCUUGCGUAUGUGCAGAGACGAGGCGCCAGAUGUAACCAGGCUCUGUCGUUUAUCCAGUCGGUCAACACCGUGAUCGUCUAGCAGAAAGCCUCCUCUGUUCCAUGCCAGGUUGCUGUAGGGGGCGUUGGUUAGUGCAAACCCCCACGAGGGGCCCAUGUGCUACUGGAGCUAGCCAAGUUGGCUACUGGAUCCUGUACCGUAGUAUUACCUGGCCUUGCAGGAAGACUCGCUUUUCCCCUUUGCCUUUCCUCAUUGGCAGCUCAAUGUAACUCUGCGCCUUGGACAGCUUUCCCAUCUAGGAAGUCCUUCGCUGAGGAGCCAAUCUGGCGGCAGCGCGCCACAGACGGUACGAGAUCAACAAUCUCUCUGGUAUGAGGCCACCCGCAUCGUCAUGGUAGCAGCAGCUACCUUCCGUGACUGAGAAGAGCGUCCCUCCUGGUGGGCAAACAACGAGUCAGGUAUUGCUUUUUUUUUCAAUGCGGAAUGAUGAAUAAGACCACAAGGCUGCGGAUGUUGUCUGAAUUCCACCGUCUAGCGCAGGCUUGUGAUUUUGCUGCAGCCUCACAGCAUCCAUUAGCAGUCGACAAUUAUAUAAAGUAUUCGUUGCCUGUUCGGCCGAAAUAAACAUGCUACGAGGACCGUCUUUAUCUUGUUUGAAUUGCCUUUUAUCCUAGUCGAAACGUAAUGUCGCCAACCGGACGACAGACAGCUGCAAACAUUGCAUUUAGGACUACUAAUAAAAUUAACGUUAGCAAACUCACAUAUUACACCGGCGGUCGAGAGACGCAAAGCGUAUUGAAAUCACAAUGUUGCACUGUUCUUUAGUGCACCGGCUUGCAUAGCAUGUUGAGACAGGCACCCACGUCUUUUACACAAGGCACAAUGGAACCUGCUAGAUGCUCUGCUGGCUUUUCUCCGCAUUCUGUGCUGGUUUUUUUCACCCUCUCAAGGUCCUCAGCAAAGGGCAGGCAGAACAGAGCGUCAUGGUCACGUGCGACUAGGCACUGUCCCCGCCGCUGGUUUGGGAGCGCCCAAUGCGACAGCUAGACGCUAUGCGGGUGCUAUGAGUUAUACAAGGGUUUGUAGUACAAAUGGACAAUAGAACCCCAAAACAUUGAUAUUAAAAUUAAAAUCUUAAAAUAUCACUUAAUUCUCAUUACAGUAUGAUUUUUUAAAAAAUAUAUUUCCUUCUUUCUUUCUGUUGUCACCUUGUUCUUCCUCACACUUCACACGCACUGCACCGGGCGCAAUCCCCACUGAGGUGACCGCUAGCUGACCUAAUAACCCUGCGGAUGGUGGCUAGGCCGCCUGCGGUGCCUCUUUGCGUGGCUUGAGGCUUCAGGCAGGUCUUCUCUCCCACCAACACACCCGACAUCACCAUCCCGCCACUGCUCUCCGAAUCUACGCUACGACCGUCUUUUGCUGUGAUACACUGAUACGCACAGCUGAGCAGCUCAAUUCAACCUGCUAUUCCCUCCACCCCCCUUCCGCCCUCUCCUCGCACAGCCUCCAAUCUCCCUUCAUGAUUUCCUUGCCUCCUACGCCGUAAAUCCGACGAUGCCCGCCAGCAACCAGAAGCCGGCCUCUCCAACACCGGCAUCGCCCAGGAGUACCUCGAAAUACACAAAUAAGGACGGCUCCAAGUUCAUCACCGUCCCCAAAGGCUUCUCUCCCGACUCCUCGCUCCCGCCGACCCCAACCGCAAAUAUCGCCCCACCACUCUCAAAUGACCACGACCACGACGCCGAGGACAGACCCGUGAACCGCAAGAAGCAGAAACGAAGGCAAAAGGCCGCCGCUAAAGCCGCUGCGCUAGACUCGGAGCAAAAUGGCACCUCUCAUGCUGUCAUCCCCCCUCCGUCCCAGCCAGCUGUUGCUGCGCGCCCCAACCCCGCCGCGGUCGACAACUUGGACAAGAAUCAGUCCGCCAGCGCUGCCAACGGCGACCCUGCGUCAAGUUCCAAAUCAAAAAAGAAUAAGAAAAAGAAGAAAAAGUCAGCGGCCGAUGCACAAACAGCCCAGUCUGUGGACGACUCACCAAACCCGGAAACAAGCGCCGAGGUCACGCGAGGCUCCGGCAUGUCUCGAGACAAGAUUUGGAGCACGAGCAACCAUGAAGAGCGAGAACGCAUUAAGGAGUUCUGGCUCGGACUCGGUGAAGACGAGCGCAAAUCCCUUGUCAAGGUUGAAAAGGAUGCUGUCCUACGUAAGAUGAAGGAGCAGCAAAAGCACACGUGUAGCUGCACCGUAUGCGGACGCAAACGUACCGCCAUCGAGGAAGAGCUCGAGGGGCUAUACGACGCCUACUACCUGGAGCUGGAGCAGUUUGCUAACCAAAGCGAUGGUCCUCCUCUGCUAGGUCCACCACGCGACUUUCCCAUGCGGCCUCCCAGAGGCUUGCGGCCGGGAUACGUCGAUCAACCGCCAGUAAGGGGACGAAUAGUGGAACAGGUGGGCGAAGAUGAUGAGGAAGAAGUUGAGGAAGUGUAUAGUGAAGCCGACAUGGACGACGAAGAGUUUAGCGACGACGAACCACCAGAAGCGUUCCACAACCCGCACGAUAGGGACGUGGCCGACUUUCUGACGUUUGGCAACAGUUUGCAAGUCAAGGGCGGCAUUCUCACCGUAGCGGAUGACCUUCUCAAAAACGACGGCAAGCGCUUCAUCGAAAUGAUGGAGCAGCUCGCCGAGCGUCGAAUGGCGCGAGAAGAAGACGCCAGAGAGCACUUUGCUCGGGGGUACGGUCAUCCCAACGGCUCAUACCCUGCCCCUCAUAAUCACCCUCCGCCAGAAGAGGACGAAUAUGACGAGGAAGAGGAUGAGGAGGACGACUACGAAGAUAGUCAGGAAGAGGAGUACGAUGAUGAAGAGGUAUACUCCAACCCCUCUGUAAUGCCGUCAAGAUACCAUACUGAGUGCUGUUGCCAGGAUCAAAUGACAGAAGAACAACGAAUGGAAGAAGGCCGACGCAUGUUCCAAAUAUUUGCCGCCCGAAUGUUCGAACAACGAGUCCUCUCCGCUUACAAGGAAAAGGUAGCCAAGGAGCGGCAGCAGAAGCUUCUCGAAGAGCUUGAGGAGGAGAGCAGGCAAGUGGACGAGCAGAAGGCCAAAAAGGCGAAGAACGCCCAAAAGAAGAAAGACAAGGCUGCACAGCGCAAGCAAGCUUUGGCCGAGGAGAAGGCUAAAAAGGAUGCUGAAAAGGCUGCCGAAGAAGAUGCCCGAUUAGCUGCUGAGCAGAAGCGUGUCGCUGAACAGAAACAGAAAGCCGAUGAGAAACGCAAGCAAAAAGAAGCCCAACGUAAAGCCGAAGAAGACGCACGCCUAGCCAAAGAAGCCGAACGCCAGCGCCGAAUUCACGAGCAAAAAGAGAAACAGGCUGAGCAAGAGCGCAAGGCCCGCGACGCCAAGGAACGAGAGAAGAAGCUCAAGGAAGAGCAGAAGCUCAGAGAUAAGGAAGCCCGUGAACAAAAGGAGCGUGAGGCACAGGAGCGAAAGGACAAGCAGGACCGCGACAAGCGAGAUAAGGAAGCCCGCGCUGCAAAGGCCCAACGUGAUGCCCAAGAGGCUGCCGACGCCAAGGCCAGGGCGCGAGAGGAGAAGGGAACACAUCAGCAGCAGCGUGCAGUAUCAACACCUCACCUGCCAGCUUCACAGCGUCCCUCGGUUGCGAUCCCACCUGCUAUGCCUCCGUAUCCGCCAAUGCCCAUCAACUAUGGCUCACCAAAGAUUCCGAUUGCGACACCCGUGCUCCCGAAAGCCCCGACACCCGUUCGACCUCGAGCUGCUUCCCAACAGCAGGAACAAGGACGAGCAGGCUCCGUCACAUCUCACUCUGGGACAAGCCCGAAUCCGUCACCAAGCUCGGCCACACCAGCUCAGAUCAGCCCUGGCAACAUUGGGCAGGAGAGGAAGCCAAGCUUUGGCAUGUCCUCAGCGAUACCACACUCUGUAUCACCGCCCGGCUUCCCCAGCGUCCAAGGCUCAUAUCCUCUGCCGCCGCUGGGCUUGCAGUCGCCACCUGGCCUAGUACAGCACACCUCUGGAGGUUUCCCAACGCGCUUGUCGCAGGAUCCUAUCUACCCAGUUGGAUUCCGCCCGAGCCCGUCAACCAUAAUGGGACCUCCUGGUAUCAGCCCUGUCGGCAACCGCAUGCCUUCAUCGGCGAUGGCACCACCCGGGUUUGACCAAUUUGGCAUGGGCCAAUCGUUCCCAAUUGGUAAAGAGGGUCCCCCACCUGGACAUUCACGCCAAGGAUCGGGGUCCUUUGAUGCUCCUGGCUCUGCGCUGCCCAUAGGACGACCAGCACCCAUCGGACGACCCGGUAGCCUUUCGCAUGCGACACGCCGCGACGACGAUUCCGAGACCAAGCACCUGGGCAGCAGUGCCCUUGUGGACGACGACGAACCCUUUGGCCACGACAUGCACGCCUCCAAUAUGCGAGGACCUCCCAUCACUCACCGCAACGUGUUUGGAACAAGCCCCUUUGUGGACAAUGGUUUCCCCAUGGGUGGCCACAACCUUUGGGGCCCAAGCUCUGCGACUUCUCAAACCUUUGCGCCUCCCGGCUUUGGCAACGGUGGAUGGGGAGCUCCUCCCGGCAUGGCUCCUGGCGGCUUUGGCGUUGCCCCCGGUGCAUCUGCUAUCAAUCCGAUGCGAGCUGCGUCGCAGCCGCGACAUGUUGCGCUGCGCCUGAUGCUUGCGCAAGGAUGCAAAGACAUUGUACACGCGGGCAAGUCUGACGGCAACGGGUACAUUUCUCUGGGAUUGGUCAAGUCACUUAUUGACGCGCAGUCUGGCGACCCCAAUAUUACAGAGCAGGACCUGCUUGAUCUCUGCGACACCGAAGGCAACAGCUCCAAUGGCGGCGGGACCUUUGACGUCCGCCGAGGAGGCGAUGCAAACCGCCUGAUCCGCUGGGUCCCCGACAUUGGCGACUCGCCGCCCCAGCACCGCGCUGUUGGUGCUCCCGGCGAGAUUGGCAGCCCGCUGACCGGCUACACAUCGAUGCGAGGCCUGUAGGACGUCCCUCGGAGCGACGUAGCAGCCACAGCUGGCGAGUUACCAGACACAGUCGAGGCACAGUCGAGUAGCAAGAGCAGCAGCACCGCCGGUAGCAGUGGCAGCCCUGUGCGAAGAAAGACUCUGCUUGAGCGUCUAGGAGUUACGAAUACCGGCGAGGGCUGGCAGUCAACUACCGCAACAGAAGGCUCUUCUUCUAGCGAGGAGGAGAGCAAGGCGUGACUGACAACAUGACGACAAGUGUAGCUUUGCUUGGCUAUGCUGACUGGUAUGCGUGUUUUGGGCUUGUUGGGACGAAUCCAGAACAAGGAGAGCAGCGUUUUUCAGGCCGACCAUGUAUUCUGCAGCACGAGGACGAGGCUGGGGUCUACUCGAUGAUUAUGAUGAUGGAGUCGUCGUUGUCAUUGUGCCCCCUACCGCCGUCGAUGUUGGUUGACACUAUGUUCUAUUUUCUUUUGAUUCUACUUUUUCUUGUCUCCCCAUCUUGUUCGUCACUUGUUUGUGCUGUAGAGAACAUAUUCCUUGGUUGCGAAGCGAGGAAAUCUUUGACAAUACAAUAUAUUACACUUUUUUUUCUUCACACUUGGAACAAAAUAGCUUUCUGUAACGAUACACGGGAUGAUGUAGAUGUGAAUUCAGAUAUGUAUUUCGCUAGUCUUGCAAUGUUGUGGUGAAAUCUUUCCCUUUUGCUAAGCCAAAAAGCCAUAUGACAAUGUGCUGCUUACAAGAGGAGAUAGAAAAUAAAGAUAAUGAUGAUUUAAAACAAUGAAGAAAUACAGCAACAAACGCUGGAGGAGCUGUUGUUUAAAAAGCACAGCAGCUCCUAUGAGGUAUCGGGUAUACAUCCAACCAUUCUUCUUCCUCUUUUUUCCACUUUUCCUCGGGUCUAUAGCCCUAUGGUUGGCGUCUUCCACUUUCUAGAUCCACUGUUGCCUCGUCGGUGUAUGUUACUGCUGCCACUGUUGCUGCCGGACUGAGCCAUCUUGGCGUUGGACUGAAGAUGCUCGACCAGCUGCGGCGGUUUAUGCUUCGGUCCGUAGCGGCAGCCAUUGCCUCGAGGCGCGGAACAACGCGUUUCAGCUUAGGGUCAAUCUAUGAGCCGUAAGGAUGGGGGUUCUGCUGAGUCUGGUCCUGAUGCGAGGGUUGCUGGUAGCCGGCAGGGUGCGAGUAGUCGUGUUGGGGCUGGUAUUCGCUGUGCUGGGGCUGCUGCUGCUGGUCCUGGAAGGGGUUGCUGGCACCUUCGGGCUGGGACAUGAGGGGAGCGCGCAUCUCCUCAGCACGCUUCUUCUUAGUAGCGGCUCUAGCAAGGGCAACGGCCUCAGCCUUGGCAGCAGCGCGCUUGUGGUCGCGCUUGGACUUGCAGGACAUGAAUGUAAGGCCGGCAAUGCCAAUGACAAUGGCAGCAGCAAAGACGAUGGCGACAAUGAUGCCACCGAGGUCGAGGCUAUCGUGCUUCUUCAUGCAGACGGCCUCGCCGGAGUCUUGGUUGCAGAGCCAGUGCGGCAAGCAGCCUGCCGACGCCUGAGGGACUUGGGUGCAGACCUGCGCAGGCUUGCCCUGGGCGUUUGUUCCUGGGCCGCAGCUCUGGCCCAUCGUGGUGGUUGUGGUGAAGCAGGCAGUACCUGUGCGGAUGGACUUGGAUCGCUCUUCGGGGUCUUCGUCACGAGCAAUGAUGGGGGCGGCGGUGAUCAUGGCGGCGUCGGGGCUGGGAGGAGCGCUGGCCAUGGCGGUGGCAGCCAUGGCGAGGGCAAUUGUCGAGAUGAAACGCAUUGUGAGGUGCUGUUUUGUUGUAUUUCUCGUUUUCGUACAGUUGACCUUUGUUUUCUUUUUUUUCUGCUUGGUCGCUUGAUGCCGAGCUGCAGAAGGGGAGCGGUCAGAUGGUUGAAGAAAGGGGGUUUACGAAUGUCGCAGGUUUAGCGAGAUUGCUGUAGAAACUGGGCAGUUGCGUGUCUCUUGUUGUUUGUGGUGAGAGGCUGGGCGGAAGUGAGAGCGAAGACUCGAUGUCGGUGAAGGAAUAUCUCCGAAAAAGAAAAAGGGGGGGAAGAAGAGGAUGGUGAAUGGGAGGACGAGAGAAAAAAAAGGAUGAAGUCAGCUCGUGAUGUGGGAAUGGCGAGAACAAGUAUCGUGCAAACGAGGCAGGGGACCAGCAAAGCCAGCGCGCGCACGGUUUGCCAGGCUGGCAGCCAUGCAGCACCCACAGCGGCCACUGGGAGCACGCACCGGCACGCAGCAAGGCCCCCCCGUUGGCGCGCAUCCAGCACAAUUACAGUGGCACAGCGCACACACAGCCGGUGCGAGCGAGGGUCCCCUGGAACGGAACGCGCCCUGGCACCACUCUGGGCGGGGAC